AUGGUACUUGAGGAUCAGGUCGCGUCUCAGGCAGCUGUCAUUCAAGACCUUAGAGGAGAAACAAAUGCCUCUGAACAGUAUAGUAGGUCCUCAAACCUCGAAAUUCAUAACCUACCCCAACUUCCUAGUGAAAACUUGAAUACUACUGUUGCUGAACUGGCCGCUCAACUGAGCAUUGAUUCAUUCCUGCCAGGUCACGUAGUAGCUGUGCACCGGUUGCCCAGGAAGAGCAAAACAGCUCCAGUUUUAGUGCGCUUCCUUUCGGCGGGCAUACGUGACAGCUGGCUGGCAAAGCGAAAGAAACUGGAAUCUCUGGCGAAAGAAAAUGAGCCCUCGGUUUUCUUUGUCGAAAACUUGACGAAAUACAACAGAGAACUGUUCUGGGAGACAAAGACUAAGGCCAAAGAGGCCGAUUUCAAGUUCGUAUGGGUGAAACAUGGCAAAAUUUAUGCCCGUAAGAAGGAGGGUGACCCAGUUGUGCGCAUAAUGAGCCCUUAUGACUUGUCUCGGCUAGUCUGA